AAAAAAAAAAAAAAAAUAUCCCUGCUGCUGUACCACAAUGUUCGGUGAGGCAAUAGAGAAUAGUGCGAAUUGUUCAGAGAGUCGCGAUCGGCAGCUGGAGACCAAGCGCUUGCUCUUCUGGUGUCGGCGACUAAAUAUGAUGCCCGACGAGGUGCGGCAAUUGUCGCCGGAGGAGCUACAGGCCCGCCAUUUGUUGGUGCAGCAAGCGGAAGAAGCUCAGGAGCUGCGCAUGAAGCAAUUUAAGCGCUGGAAAAAUCUCAACCACUUGCGCUGGCUCAUGUACGAGGAACAGCGCAAAUACAAUGAGAAAUGUGGGCCACAGGCGGUGGGCGUUUCCAUUUGGGAGAUAUUGUCCUUGGCACAACACGAGCUGGAAUCAGAGUUGCAGAUUCCAGAGCUGCGCGGCAAUUGUCAACGUUUUCCCUCGCCCAUGUCUGUCAUGGGAACUGUUCGAGAAACGGGUAGCAAAGCUAAUAUACUAAAGCCCCUGAAAUCCAUAAUCGCUGGAUUGAGUUUGAGUAAGCCGUUGAACGUGUGCCCAUGCAACCGAUUGUUUGAACAGGAGCCAACGCGACUUCCCGGCAAGCAAUUUGAAGUUGAAAAGGAGCUCCAGCCGAUGGAGCAAAUGGCGAAAGAGGAGGAAAUAAUGCACAAAGAGAUGAACGGUGACUUCGGUACUCCGAAUACAUAUGAGUUCUCCAAUGAUCCUCUGUGCCCAGGCAACCGAUUGUUGGAACAGGAGCCAACGCGACUUCCCAGCAACCAAUUUGUAGCUGAAAAGGAGCUCCAGCCAACGGAGCAAGAGCACAAAGAGUAUCCGUUACAACAAUCAUCCAUUUCUAGAAAUUUAAUACCUGUUGUUGCUAUCAAUGAGAGACCAAGUAUUGAGGUUAUCUCCAUGUCCAAUGAUCGUCUCAAGUGCCAAUGCAACCAAUGGUCGGGACAGGAACUGAAUCGAUUUGUCAGCACACAAUUGGAAACUGGGAAGAAAGAGUCGCAUGAAGAGAAGCAGCUCCUACGAAUACUCCCAAGCUUCAACGCCAAUUCCAAUCUUAUGCGUAAUAAUUCGAUAAACAGUGACUACGGUAGUCCGAAUACAUAUGAGGUGUCCAAUGAUCGUCUGUGCCUAGGCAACCGAUUAACGGAAGAGGAGCCAACGCGAAUUCGCAGCAAACCAUUUGCACCUGAAGAGGAGCUCCAGCUAAUGGAGCAGAAGGAAAUUGAGGAGGAUACAAUGCACAAAGAGAAUAUGUUACAACGAUCUUGCAAUUCUAGAACUGUAAUACAAGUUGCUUCUAUCAAUGAGAGACUCAGUAGUGCGGUUAUCUCCAUGUCCAAUGCUCGUCACAAGUGCCAAUGCAACCAAUGGUCGGGAAAGGAACUGAAUCGAUUUGUCAGCACACAAUUGGUAACUGGGAAGAAAGUGUUGCAUGAAGGGAAGCAGCUCCUACUAUCACCCCCAAGCUUCUACGGUAAUUCGAUGAACGGUGACUACGGUAGUCCGAAUAUAUAUGAGUGCUCCGAUGAUCUUCUAGGCCACCGAUUGUCGGAACAGGAGCAGACGGGAGUUCCCAGCAAACAAUUUGAAGCUGAAGAGGAGUCCCAGCUAAUGGAGCAGAAAGAGAAUCUAUUACAGCGAUCAUCCAUUUCUAAAAACUUAAAACGAGGUAAUUCUAUCAAUGGGACCCCCAAGUGCCAAUGCAACCAAUGGUCGGGACACGAACUCAAUCGAUUUGCAAUCACACAAUUAAAAACUGGGAUGAAAAAGUUGCGUAAAGAGAAUCAGCUCCUACGAUCAUCGCCAAGCUUCAUCGGCAUAUCCAACUUAAUGCUUUUUGAUUCGAUGAACGGAGACUAUGAUCGUCCGGCUAUAUAUGAUUUUUCCGAUGAUCUUAGCAUGCGCUACGAGUUGGACGACAUCAAAAGAUCCGUUAACCAUUGCGAAAGGUUGAUGCACAUGAUCUGCGCACCAUACAUGGAGUCGAGCUCAGAGCACAGUCAAAUGAAAUUCUUGACAAGUAGCCAAAGUAUGAGUAGCGAUGUUUCUGUUUUGAGUAGCGUGAAAACUGAGUCUGAGUCCGAACAAGAAUCUGAAUUUACAAUUAAUGAAUGGAAGAAUGAAUUAAUAGUGCAUUCAAACUUUCGAUUGCAAUCGUCUAUAUGAUAAUUGAUUAAAUGUUUUUAAGAUCAAA